AUGAUCCUAAUCAAAGCACUCAUAACAAAACUACUGACAAAAUACUUAGAGUAUGAUGAUAAAGCUUAUAAAUUGCCAGAGAAGUUUACAAAUAUUCUUUUAAUGGUUUCCUCUCUAUUGAAUAUCUCGUACAUAUAUUAUGAGAAUCAUUCUUCUUGGUUGUACAUUUUAGCAUUAAUUGCAAGACCAUCUAUUAUAAUUUAAAUACCAUAUUUUUAUGUUGUUGGGAUUUUGUUCGUGCUUUUGCAUGUUUUGUAUAUAUUUAAAUCAAACCUAAUUGGAAGUUGUAUAAUGAGUUUAAUAAAUUCUUUGAUGAAAGUGGGAUUGAUGAAUUUUGUGAUUGAAUAAUUUAAUGAUAUUUAAGGGUAAAUCAUUGGAGGAUUCAUAUUGUUUUUUUACAUAUUUGAAAUUUUAUUCGUUUAAGGAACACUCAAUAUAGAAACUAAAAACUUUUAAAGAACAGAAAUAACAUUAUUUUAUGUUCUCUCGUCCAUUUUAAACAUUCUACUGAUGAUUUCAUAUAAAUUAUAAUAUCAUCUUAGAAUUAUUCAAAUUAUAGCAAUUAUCAAUUCAGCCAUUUCAGGGAUGGAUUUAAUAUUGCUUAAAAAUUAGAGGAACUCCUCACUUAGAUUGUUAAUGAUUUCAAUUUAAUUGAUAACUCUAUAUGUUGGGAUAAUUUAAUUUAUUCAUUAUGAGAAUUCCAUAUCAAUAAUUAUCAUCCCCUUUUUGUUGAGAAUAAUGACAUCAUUCAAGUUAUCUGACUACAUUUUCUGUGAUGAUCAGAUUAUUAAUGCAUCAAUAUUAUUAUAAUAAAAGAAGUUUUAUGAAUGUUUUUUAAUACUAAAUAAGGUUAAGGAUGACUAAUUUGUAAGGUAAUUGAAACGAAAUUUACUAUUAAAGAAAUGUGUAAAUUAAAUGAAUUCUUACUAUCAAUUAACUUAGUAAACUCAACCAUUAUUUGGACUGGCGUAAAAGGUUAUUUAAAAUGAUAUAAAAAAUAUAAUUAUACUUAAUGACAUUAAGAAACUAUUAUUACAAAAAAUAAAAUUAUUGUAAAAUUGGAAAAACAAUGAGUUUUAGUAAGUUUAUGCAUAUAUUAAAUCAUUGCUUAAACUAAAGCAUAUAAUAGACAAUUCUUAUUUAAAAGAACCAAAUGAUAUGCUUUAGGCAUUAAUUUGUUUCUUUUAUGCAGAAAUAUUAAAUGAUUUACUAGAAGCAAAUGAUAUGAUAAUCCAUUCUAAGAAAAAUAAUGAAUUAAGUUAAACUGAUUAUGUUAUGAAUAAGAAUAUGUUUUACAUUGUGACCAAGUAUGAAAACCAACAAUUAUAAAUGAGUAAAGUUUCUAGUAAUGCACCAUCUUACGUUUGUAAUCGAUAAUUGGCAGACUUAAUUCCUAAUGGUAUAAAAGAAUGGCAUGAUAGAAUAGUUAACGAAUUUAUAAGAAUUGGGAAAUCUAAAUAUAUUAGAUAAUAAAAUGAAAACUACAUCAAUCAUGGUUAAUUUAUUGAUUCUGUUAACUUUGCAAUCGACAUCACGUAUUUAGAUGAAUUAAAUUUUAUAUCUCUUAUAACUCAGAUUCCUCAAGAGCAUUUAACUAUAAUAGUAAAUGAUAAAUACCUAAUUACAAACAUAACAAAUAAAGUGAGUUAAACUAGUAAAUAUUAAGACCUUUUUCAAAUAGGAAUAUAAAUUACUUCAAUAAUCCCUGAUUUACAAGACGUUAAAAAUAGUUGUUAUAUAGAAAAUGUCUAAAUAAAUCAAUCUAAAUUAUAAUCAUCAUUAUUUUUACAAGAGGAUGUUUCUUACUAUUGUAGUUUAAAUGUAAAUUUAAGAAUGCUUGAAAAUAAAAUGAUAUAUAUGAUAAUUGAGUUGGUAAAUUUAUCUAUAACAUAAUAAAAUACUAUGGGUUCUACUAAGAAAGAAACAAAGACACAUGAAUCAAAAUCUAGUUAAUGUCUUAGCAUAGCCGAUGAAGGGGAUCCUAUACUUCUAGCUAAUAUUCUGAAUGAUGAACGAGCGGGCAGAACUUAGCUUACUAAAAGUAAGUUAUUCAAUCAAGAGAGUAUCUAAAAUGAAAUUUAAUGCGAUACUUUUCAAUAAUAACUUGUCUCUCCGAGAACUGAGCCGGAUCAAAACCCAUUAAUUAUUUAAGAUACAAAGAAUAGUAAGAAGCAAUCCUUCAAAUCCAUACCAAUAAUAGAGGAUGAUUAAAUAGAUAAAAAGGCUAUUGAUUUAAAAAAGGAUGAGUUAUUCGAUAGAGAAGAUUAAUCUUAAGUAUCUUCUAUUAAAAGGUUGAGAAAUUCUAAAUUUUAUCGAAAAUAUGACCUCUACAACAAAUUUAAUUAGCAUACUCCAAUGAAAAGAUAUCAUCAAUUAGUAAUAUUUCUUUUUCUUUUAAACUUGAUUUUACAAGGAUCUUUUAUAAUUAUUGUAAUAUAUAAAUAUAUCUUAGCAUUUGACGAGUCUGAAUUUGGUUGAAUUCGCUGAUGAUAUUAAUUUGUUGGAAAUCAAGAAUCUAUUUUUUCAACCACUUGAUAUGUUUGUAGUGACUAGAUGGAAUUUAUGGACUUAUAAUGUUCAAAAGACAAAGGGGAUUAUAACUGCAGAAGAAUACAACACAGUAUCAAAAUUUGCUACUUCCAAUUUAGGUUUGGGGUUUGAUUCUUUGAAUGAAAAUUUAAAAUCUGUCCUCAAUCGAGAAGAAUUGUAAAACUUACUCUAAAGUAAAUAUAUAGAAUCAUAUGCUUAUUUGGAUUCCUAUAAAUCUGAAAAGUACAAUAUGACUCUGAGAACCGCUAUUUCAGUUUUAUUAAGCUUUUAAUAUAUCUUAAAGAUGAAUUAUGUAUUUGAAAAAUAAGCCUUACCAGAUAGUCCUUAAGUGUUUUAUAGUUUUAAGAAUUAUCCGACAUUGAGAGAUAUUAUGACUCAAUUAAAUGAGGAUAUAAUGACAGAAACCUUAAAUCGUGGGGAGAACUUUUAAGACAAACUUAAAACUCUUUUUAUAUUGGAGUAGAUAUUUCUAAUUUUGAUCAUGUUAAUGAACUGUUAUGUCAAAUCUUUUAUAAAUAAAAAGCUGAUGCUAUUUGUUUAGCUGAGUCAAUAUUAUGAUGAAGAUGCAAUUUAAAAGGAGAUCCAAAAGAACAAAUUGUUAUUGGAUUAAUUAUUGGCUGAUAAUUCCUAUGUUUUUUAUUACAAUCUGUAAUUGGAUUAAAAGGAAGAGAAUUUUACGAACAAUAAAGUAGAUUAAGGAAAAAGAAUGUGUAAGUAUUAGAGAAAGAAAAAAAUACCAAUAUGUAGAUUCUUGCUUACAUCAGUAUUGUUAUAUUUCUUGGUUACUCUCAAUAGUAUAAUUAAUUUCAUUGAGUUCUAGGAAUACCUGGAUAAAUACCCUUAGACAUCUUACUUUAAAAAAUAGAUUGGUGAUUUGGGUGGGGAUAUACCUUUAAUGUUUGCACAAAGAGAAGUGCUCUAUGGCAGAAAAAAUUACAUAUAUUUAGAUGAAGCAUACUUUGAUAAAAUGUGGUUUUACAUAAAGGAAUCUUUGGCUAACACACAGAAAUAUACCUCUUAGGAUUUUGAUUUCUCUAAGUAACUAUAUAUUUUCUAUAGAAGGAUGCUUGUAACUGAUUCAUUUAUAGAGUUCUAUGACAGUGUUUAGAUUGGCGAUCUGUGCACAUUUUUGCCAGAUUAUCUAAAAGAAAAGUCUAAGGAUUUAUGUCCAACUAUUAUGAAUUAGAAUAUGAAAAAUGGAUUGAAAGCUAUAUUAGUUUAUAUUGAGAACUUGAUUUAAGUCGAUAUGGCUAUAAACAAUUUUACUUACAGGGCAGUUCCAACAUAGAAUGAAUUAGAAGGAGCAUUUAUGAUUUCAGAUAUAAUUAAUGUAAUAAAUUCCUAUUUCUAUAAUGACCUAAUUUAGUUAACCACUGACUUAGUUAAUUAACAAAAAGUAAUAAACUCACUAUAAUAUAUUAAUAGAUUUUUAACAUUUUGUAUAUACUACUUCUCGCCUUCAUUAUGAUAAUUAUAAUUACGUUCUUUAAGGAAAAAAUAUUUGAGAACAGUCGAAUUAUUAUUCAUUUUGUUUACUUAGUUCCUUCUUAAACUUUAUUCGCAGAUGAUACAUUUGAAAGAAUGAUGAGAACUCUCAUAAAUUUUUGA